ACAAGGGUUGUGGAAGGGAGGAACAAUCAAGCGCGUGCUUCACGCACCCACGUGCUAAUUCCUCAUUGGUGCAAUACCGGUAAACGACCCGGACCGUUGGUGACAUGCCCUCGAUUCAUCACCGUUAGUCAAGGUUGAUCAGGUUGCUGUGAUGCGUGUGGCUUGCGAGCGUGCGUAACACUGCAAUAUAUGUGUGCUUGCUGGGUGGAAAGAGCGCUUGCUUGUAGUAGGUGGAUAACUAUUGAUUUCGUAGAAUAUUUAUGCAGGCAUUGUAUACCGAGAUCGGUGAACUGGCGACAUUUUCCGACGGCUCAAGAUAUCGAGCUUACACGAUUCGAAAGCUGGUCGAGCUACAAUCUGUCUCUAAUUCAAUUCGUGUGCAGUCGGCGCGUUGUGAAGUGCUCGCAGCCGAAGUCGAAUCAUCGCUGCGGGGGAGUGUAUAUUGACAAUUGCCCCCCACGAAGGCAGGUAACGCAAGGACUACCAAGCUUGGAUAUAAUGCUGUUCAAGUUGAUCGUCAGAUAUCAUCGCAGUCGGAGGCGGCCGCUAUUCAGAUCGAAAGACGCGAUGUACGAAAAAGGAAGGUCGAUAAGAAAUAAGGCCGCAAUUGUGUCGGCCAGAAGUAGUCGUGCAUUACAUUGUACAGUAGCGACCAUUCCAGAUGGUGAUGACCCUUGUCCCGUAUGUCCGUCAUUUUCGUCGUUCCCUGUCUGUAUUGCAAGGCGAAUUAUCGAUACUGUACAGUUGCACUAAUUCUCAGUAGUGUCCGUAAUGCUCAAUCAUCCAGUAUUGAGGUAUCCACACGGAGUG